CUACAACACCACACGGCGGGGAGAGGGAGAGAGGGCGAAGCUGACCGGGGCACACACACGACUCAAAACCACCCACAACGACGGUCCAUGAUGGACCAGCACCAACGCUACCUCAACGGUGGACGAAUCAGCACUACUACUUGCACCGCCAUUCCUGCCUUGAAAUGGCCACCAACGAGGAAUGCAUCGCUCGUGCCGGGGUACCCAGGCAGCAGCCCCAGCAGUAUCAGCCGCGCCAAAGUUGGGCCGGCAUCUUUUCCGUCCGCGUCCGUGCUGCUCCAAUGCGCCGUUCUCCGCGCAAGCCCGCCGGCGGGCGCAAUCGCUCGAGGCUUAGGGAAACAACAACCUAUUAUGCGUACAAAUAUGCAUAAGAAGAGCAGAUGCAGUUCGAGAGUGAACGAAGGGAUGAUGAUCAUAAGGCGCUCGGCUGGGGGGCGUCAACGUACUAAUACGCUGUCGCGGAAGGCGCCGUCACCGGCACUAGAGCCGGCGUGCGCCGGUGCUGCUACCUGCCGCUGCUGCACUGCUGCCACUACCGCCGCUUCCCCGGCCAGACGACAAGCGAGCUUCGACGCCACCGUCGUGGGCCUGGGGGAUCUGCGGACCACCGCCCACACAAACGCCAAGCAGCCUCUCUACAACUUCCUGGCCAGGUACACGGGGGCGGACCGUCGCGUCGGAGACGCCGAGUACUGGAGGGGGCUCGUGGAGGGUUGGUGCGAGGAGAGGGGGCUGGGUCCGGUCGACUUGUCCACCAAGCAGGUGUCGCUGUACCUGCGGCAGAUGGCGGAGGAUCCGAGGCUUUCGAGAUACUACGGCGUGAGCAUGGUGAAGGGGUGCGGGGCGUUGCGAUUCGCCUUGGAAGGCAGACCGUUCGAUUGGUCCCGUUUGGACGGCGACGGCGGAGGGUCCAGGUUGUUCCACGCCGGAUGGAGAUGGACGUGCGUGGCGCCAGAGAAGGACGGCUGCCGCACUUUCGCGUCGUGUGGUCGAGGGGCGAACGUAGAGGUCCACAUUACCAAACCCUCCUACGCUCAGGUGUGCGAGGUCGCGGGAGUCCGGGUGAACGGGGUGGACUGCACAUCCUUUGCGGCCUUCAAGCCAACCUUGGACGUUGGCAGCUUCUCCAACCCCGCAGGCUUGUGCAAGAUGCUUGCAGCGGUGAGCUCGGUCUCGCUCUGCGAGGGAUUCCGGAAGCAGCACCGAACGCAGGACGUGGACGUCACCACAGCUCCCGCUACCCCCGCACCCAUGGCCGGUAUGGCCGGCUUCUCCUCCCUCGAUGGACAAGCGGGCGUGACCGUGGGUUGCAACUCUUCUUCUAGCCUGCGUGCCGUCGGUGACGGUACGAACGAGGGGCCUCUCGUGUCUGCGAAGCUUGGUGUGGCCGGAGGCAACGCAGUCUUGUGGUCCAGCAAGUGCUCGCGCGUGCUUCCGGCAAGGGUGGCGGCGGCGAUGAACCCCCCUAAGGAGCAAAAGCUCGAGGGUGCGGCGAGACGGUGCAGCGAGUGCAGCAAGCUUCUCUUGUCGGGCUUGCUGCCGAGGGUGACGGAAGGUGCUGGUGGCGCUGCAACUGGUGGAACUGGCGGUGUUGCUGGGGGUGGCUGUAGCUCGGAGGAGGGAGAGGAGGUAGCAGCGGCGGCAGACAAGGAGGAAAAGCUGCAAGAGAUUCACGAAUCAGAGGAGGGGGCGGAAAGAAGGUCACAUGCGACCGUCGAUAGCAUUCGGCCACAGCCUUCACCGGCCCCCUGCUCGGACGAGCAGCGAAGAGAGGGGUCUUCCCAGACCCUCGGUGUUGUGCUCAAGCGGGACGUGGCUUCCACCGGUGGCCUUGACCAGGCGACGGAGGACAUCGGCUUCGCCAAGCCAGACAGCAAGGGGACCCGCACGACGUCAUCAUUGUGUGCAGAGGAAGGCAGCGCGCGUAAGCGUUUCAAGACCGCCUGCUCUGAAUUCUCUCUGGACCAUUCAUCCGCGAGGUGGCACUAUCCCGGACGAGAUGGUGACGUUAUGGUUGCUGCCCUAGGCUUGUCUACGCUCAGGAUGAUGCCGCCCCACAGGUGGGCGCUGACAAGCUCUGGGCCAGGAGAUAACGUGGGUUGCUGAUGGUUCUGAGAAGCUUUUUGACGUCAGCUGCAAGUGGAAAUGACUGAUCCAUUGAGAUAGGAAUGGUAGUGCGGUACUGCCUCUGCCCCUCCCGCGGUAUGACGAGGCCGGCCGGUGACUUGAAUUUUGCUCUCUCCAUGACUUGUAGAGUAAACCAAUACGUGCAUACUGGUGAACAGCACUUGAACGAGCUUCAUUGGAAUUUAUGUGCAUGCCUCAUGUUUGUGACCGUACUUUUUGUUGUAGGAUUCCUUUUCAGACCGUCCGUAGGUGGAGUGCGUUACCCCUAGGCCUUGCAAAAUCGAGCGAGUUCUUGACACGGCUGCCCUUGGCACAGGCCAUGGUGGGCCACAACGUAUGGUGCUCAUUUUGGGGAGUUUAUGUAAGGUGUAUUUUUAUCUCUCGCGAGAAACACAAAGCGGGCAUGGAUGUUUGUGUUGGAGUAACUUGUGUGCCGUCUCGGGGGGGAGGGG